GACCCGAUGAAUCUUACCCACAGCUUGCUCUUAUCCACCAUCCACCCUCCAGCCGCUCAUCACUCGAUGUGCAGUGUGCCCGUCGAGUUGGCAUGGCUACUUCGAUCCAUUACCCCGCCCAAAGAUAACUCAAAAGACUGCAUUGAGGCAUCGCCAUGUUCGACUAUAACGACCAAGCCGAGCAGGAAGGCCAAGGCGGAUUCAUCAGCCGGGAGGAAAGGCACAACCCCAUCGAAAGCUAAUGUAGCCCACGCACGACAAGAAGAGCCAUGCGAUGUAAGCGAGCCUGGAAGUGAAAACGCAAGACCGAGAGAAAGCCGGCAGUUUCAAGGAAGCGCCGCAAGACUCAGCGCGUAA